AUGAUGGCAGCUGCGGCGUGGCUGUGUGGACUCCUCUCGCUCCUGGCCCUCGCCGCCGCGGCGUCGGCGGCGGAUGGGGCGGAGGGUGAGUGGGAGCCGCUGAUACGGAUGCCGACGGAGAAGGGGGGUGACGCUGCUGCUGCUUCUGCUGCUCCGGCGGUUGAGGAGGAUGAAGUGGGGACGAGGUGGGCCGUGCUCGUCGCCGGCUCCUCCGGCUACGGGAACUACCGGCACCAGGCCGAUGUGUGCCAUGCGUACCAGAUACUGCGGAAGGGAGGAGUGGAGGAGGAGAACAUUGUGGUGUUCAUGUAUGAUGAUAUUGCCCAUAACAUUCUGAACCCGAGGCCUGGGGUUAUCAUUAACCAUCCUAAAGGCGAAAAUGUCUAUAAUGGUGUUCCAAAGGAUUACACAGGUGAUCAGGUCACUACUGAAAACUUCUUCGCUGUCCUCUUGGGCAAUAAAAGUGCUAUCACUGGAGGGAGUAAGAAGGUGAUAGACAGCAAACCUAACGACCACAUUUUCAUCUAUUACUCAGAUCAUGGGGGUCCUGGAGUUCUUGGUAUGCCAAACUUGCCAUAUCUGUAUGCUGGUGACUUCAUCAAGGUUUUGAAAAAGAAGCAUGCUUCCAAUAGCUACUCAAAAAUGGUUAUAUAUGUUGAAGCAUGUGAAAGUGGCAGUAUCUUCGAGGGAUUAAUGCCUGAAGAUCUAAAUAUUUAUGUCACAACAGCCUCAAAUCCAGUUGAAAAUAGUUGGGGAACAUACUGCCCUGGGAUGGAACCAUCACCCCCUCCUGAGUACAUUACCUGUUUAGGUGAUCUGUACAGUGUUUCUUGGAUGGAAGACAGUCAAACCCACAAUCUAAAGAAGGAAACCAUCAAGGAUCAGUAUGAACUGGUGAAAACAAGAACCUCAAACUCGAAUAAGUACAAAGAGGGUUCUCAUGUUAUGGAGUAUGGUGAUAAGACCUUCAAGGAUGAGAAGCUUUUCCUUUAUCAAGGUUUUGAUCCUGCUAAUGCCAACAUGGCAAACAUGCUGCUUUGGCCAGGCCCAAAGGGUGCAGUCAAUCAAAGAGAUGCUGAUCUUCUCUUCAUGUGGAAGAGGUAUGAGCAGUUAAAUGGGGAGUCUGUAGAGAAGCUGAGGACUCUCAUAGAGAUCAAAGAAACUGUUCAACAUAGGAAACAUCUUGACAGCAGUAUCGAUUUCAUUGGGAGGCUUGUCUUCGGAUUUGAAAAAGGGCCUUCAAUGCUUGAGGCCGUUAGAGCCACGGGUCAACCAUUAGUCGAUGACUGGGAUUGUUUGAAGAGGAUGGUGCGGAUUUUCGAAUCCCAUUGUGGUUCACUUACUCAGUAUGGCAUGAAGUACAUGAGAGCGUUUGCAAACAUUUGCAACAGUGGUAUAUCUGAGAUGAAAAUGAGGGAGUCAAGCAUCAGCGCAUGCAGCAGCUACAACUCGGCGAGGUGGAGCCCGAUGGCUCAGGGACACAGCGCUUGA